AUGAGCGUAAAAGGUUUGGACAAAUGGCAGGUCUCCAUCCCCACAGUUGAUACUAAACCAGAUGGGACUUCGUACUACAAUCUUGCUGUGAGGAAUGACUUUAUGUCUUGGGUGGCGCCCUACCGCUACUCAGCCCUGCACGACUUCAAGAUCAAGAUGGAGAGACGCUUCCCGCACUUGCGGCUUCCCUCGUUUCCGCCCAAGUCUUAUACUCUGUUCGGCACGCACGGCCCUGAGUUCCUCGACGACCGGCGGCACGGACUCGAGACCUUUGUCCAGGCCGAGAAGGGUGAGCAGGCCAGACAGCAGUUCGUAUCACAGAACCAGGCGAGGAGCCUUGUGUCGCCUGCACCAUCUCCCAGGUAA